AUGGAUUCUGAAAAUAGUUUUUCACGAAUUGCUCCUCCUAUUUUUUAUGGUGAGAAUUAUCAACUAUGGGCGGUAAGAAUGGAGACCUACUUGAAGGCUCUUGAUCUUUGGGAAGCCGUGGAAGAGGAUUAUGAAAUUAAUCCGCUGCCAAAUAAUUCCACCGUGGCCCAGAUCAAGAGUCAGAAGGAAAAGAAAACCAUUAAGUCGAAGGCAAAAGCAACUUUGUUUGCUGUUGUUUCGACAACUGUUUUCACGAAAAUCAUGACUCUCACAUCACCAAAAGAUAUUUGCAAUUAUCUGAAGAAAGAAUAUGUUGGAGAUGAAAGAAUACGAGGAAUGAAGGUAUUAAAUUUAAUGAGGGAAUUCGAAUUGCAGAGAAUGAAAGAGUCAGAAACAGUUAAGGAAUAUUCUGACAGAUUGCUUGGUAUUGUCAACAAGGUAAGAUUACUAGGCACUGAAUUUAAAGAUACAAGAAUUGUUGAAAAAGUUCUUGUUACAGUACCCGAAAGAUAUGAAGCAUGUAUAACUACCUUGGAAAACACACAAGAUCUGUCCAAAAUUACCUUGGCAGAAUUGUUAAAUUCUUUGCAGGUUCAGGAACAAAGGAGACUUAUGAGGCAAAAUGACAUGGUUGAAGGAGCAUUAGUAGCCAGCCACAAAACUCAAAGCAAGGGUAAAUUUUUGAAAAAUUACCCACCUUGUCAGCACUGUGGAAAAAAUAGGCAUCCUCCAUAUAAAUGUUGGAAAAGACUAGAUGCACAAUGCAAGAACUGCAAACAACUUGGUCAUGAAGCUGUGAUUUGCAAAAGCAAAUUUCAAACAGAUGAAACAGUUGCCCAAGUCACUACUGAAGAAGAAGAAGAAGACCACUUAUUUGUGGCACAUGUUUUUCAACCAAAAAAUCUUAUUUUUGGAUGA